AUGUGGGGCGCGGUUGUGAUUUUAGCUGUGGUUGCUGCGGCAUCCGCCGAGAGUGUGCUGCAGGCAUCUCCUGAGGUGGCACAACUUGAUUCCCGUAUAGUAUCAGGAUGGGACGCCCAAGAGGGUCAGUUCCCGUACAUGCUGUGGUUGCGUACCGUAAGGUGGACUGGUGACAUCACAGCUUGCGGGGGCUCCAUCAUCCAUCGAAGCUGGGGUGUCACUUCUGCUAGAUGUACUGCUCAACGUAUCGAAAUUACGAUCCACGCGGGAAGCGUGUACCGCAGCCGACCACGCGUGGUCGUCCAGGCUAGAGACACGUUCAGGCCACCAGGUUAUGAAGACGCUCUGCAGCCCAUCACACAGCCUAACGACAUCAGUCUCAUGAGGUUCAGCGCUGACCUUACUUUUAACGAGCACAUCCAACCAAUCAGGCUGCAGCGUUCAGAAGACAUGGAUCGCGAUUACACCGGGGUGCGGAUGACCACCAGCGGUUGGGGGACCCAGUGGACGUGCCUUGAACUUGGAUGUUAUACUCCUGACAGACUGCAGUGGGUGCACCUGAACGGAAUAUCCAACUUCAUGUGCCUGUUGAUGCAUAACUCCAACUACCUGGUCAGGCCUACCACCAUCUGCGCUGGACCCUUCAACGUCACCAGCCAGUCUAUAUGCUCUGGUGACAGUGGAGUUCCUCUGACUGUGGUGGAAGAUGAUGGAGUGGCGACACAAGUGGGAGUCGGUUCCUUCGUCUCUGGCUUCGGGUGCCAUGUUGGCAUGCCUGGUGGUUUCACUCGGCCCGGCCACUACCAGGAUUGGAUCCGACAAGUGACUGGCAUCAACUUUGACCAGCGCAUCGUACCAACUGAGGACGCUGUAGACCCUUCAGAAAAUUUAAAGGAAAACGAUUUUAAGCCGCAAGGAGAAGAAUAUAGAGCUUAG